AAAGAUGUAUAUAUCAACCCCGUCUUCAUUUUUAUCACAACUGGCUGUAACACUCGUAUUAGUAGUGCUAUCAACGUCAUCUGGAAGAAGUAGUAAUCAAAGCGAUAUCAUUCACUCCAUAUUUUCCAAAAUAGACACAAAUUCAGACAAGGUAAUAAGUAUGGAAGAGCUGCGAAGUUGGAUGCAGGAUGAUUACAAUCUAACUUUGACAUUUCAAAUUGAAGAAGAGUUCCUAAAAUCAGAUUUAAAUGGGGAUAAAGAAGUAACAUGGAGCGAAUUUUUGACCUCAAAUUACGCGACAACGAAGGAUGGAGAAAUUGAUUUUACACGGUACAAAAAAAGCGAACUAGAAAAUGUACGGGCUCAGGUGCGAAGUGAGAAAGUUAGGUUUUAUGGUGCUUGUGAACAAAACGGCUUCAUUUGUCCGGAAAAAGAUCAUUUGAAAAUAGAUUUUGCGAGGUUUAAACUGUUUGCAAUGCCUGAAAUGUUUGAGGAAAUGCAUCAAGUGUUUGUUGAGCUAUCACUCAUGGAGCUAGACGAAAAUGAAGACGGUCUUUUACAAGUAGACGAGUACAUAAAAGCAGUGUCUAAAAUGUAUACCAUGCGAGCGAAUGAGGAUGGAACCACAGCUUCCGAAACUGAUAUAAGACGCGAAUACGAGUAUUUCUUUUCACAUCGCGACGAAGACAAGGACGGUCUAAUGGAUUUUAACGAAAUACUGAAUUGGGUUAUUCCUGAGGAACGCAGAGGCGUCUUAGUAGGUGCAAAGGAAGCCGAACAGUUGUUCAGGGAACUCGAUAAAAAUGAAGACCAAGCACUAACUCUCGACGAAAUAGAACCUCAAUUCCAAAUGUUUUUGAAAAAUGCUCACCCAUCCUAUUAUAUUAAAAUGGUCCAAAAUCAACAAGGUAAAGAAAAUGCGGCUCAUGACGACACAAGCAGCAGCCAAUCAGAACAUAAGGAUGAGAGCCAAUCACAUUCAGAAGAUGAUGGCAUGUUCGUUGAAGAUGAGAUUCCGGAGCAUAUCGAGCUUUGAUUGAACGGAAAAUGAAUCCAAGUGCUGCUCAACCAUGAAAGUCCUUAGAAAUAAAUCUAACUGUUGUGGAUGUGCUUUCGAAUACUUGAAGAGUCCGGAGGUAACUCAAAGAGCUAUAUUAAGUAUUUUAAGCUAAAAAAUGCUAGCCAAUUAUAUUUAUUCAUUUCAAUGAAAUGCUAAAUGUUGUAUAUAUUUUGAUGUAUAUUUAUUUAUUGAUUUAUUUUGGAUUGCUGUUUCCAUUUUGCUAUAUUUAUGUUUAAACAUCGAAAAAAUUAGUUCGAAUGCUUUAGAAUAACGAA